GAUCAGGGAGUAGAAGGGAAGCAUCUCAAAGUGUUGCAUCUAGUGGAACUUGUGAAAGUCCAGCUACAGUAGCAUCAGUGCUAGGAUCAGUGGCAGCAUCAGUUCAGAGUGAUGCAACAGAGCAAGUUCAAGUGCCAAUUAAUGUCGACAACGAUGAACAAGAGGAUGAUGAGCAGGCUUGCCUUUCUGGCAAGAGGUUUAAGAAAUUGACAUCGUGGGUCUGGAGUUAUUUCACCAAGAAAAAAGAGUAUGUAGAGGUGAAAGGAAAGCUAGUUGAGGAGUUGUGGGGACACUGCAAUUUCUCUAGGCAUAUUGGUGCAAAGUUGUCUGAAAUAUUCACUGAAGUUAUGGUUAAAUGGUACAUUGAAAAUAGACUGUUUGCUCUGACUUUGGAUAAUGCUAGUUCAAAUGAAGUGGUUGUCAAUGAUAUAAUUUCUGAUCUGAAAGACAAUGGAACACUCAGCAAGAUCAAAUCACUUGUAUUAGCUAUGAAAGGGUCUCCAUUGCAGUGGGAAGAGCUUAUGAAGUGUGCCACUGAAGCUGGGUUGGAUACAAAGAGGGGUAUUCAAAUAGAUGUUUCAACAAGGUGGAACUCUACCUACCUAAUGCUGCGAGAUGCCUUGUACUACAAAGAUGCAUUUAUUAGGCUGAAGUCUUCAGAUCGCCGUAAGUAUGCCAAGAUUUCUCCAUCUUCUGCUGAAUGGGACAAUGCAUUGACAAUUUAUGGUUGCUUGAAUAAAUUUUAUGAUCUCACUGAAAUUCUCUCUGGCACUUCAUACCUUACUGCAAACUUAUUUUAUAGAGGUUUCUGUGAUAUCAAGGUCUUGCUUGAUGAGUGGCGCUAUGAUGAAAAUUUUACAAUUAGAGAAAUGACAAUUUCUAUGAAGUCAAAAUUUGACAAAUAUUGGGAUCAGUCCAACAUUGCUCUAGCUGUAGCCUGUUUUCUUGACCCUACGUAUAAGAAAAGGCUGAUAGAAUACUACAUGAAGAAGUUCUAUGGUGGUUAUUAUCAAGCUGAACUUGAUGAGUUUGUUGGUGAGGUAAAGAAACUGUACAACUUUUAUGUUAAUAUUGUUGCAUCAUCAAAGAAAACUAGAGAAGGGGCUGCACCCAGACCUAGUAACACAACUGAUAUGUUAAUGGAAAAUAUAGACCAUGACUUAGAAGAAUUCUUAUAUGAAGCAAGUGAACCUGGUAUGGUUGAGUCAAAUGAGUUGGACGUGUAUAUUGGAUAA